AUGGAUUCAAGCACAACUUCUGAGCUCGUUCUUGACUUCUUUCCCUUCGUACGCGUAUACAAAGACGGCCGUGUCCAGAAAUUUCAGGAAAAUGACUUCGUCCCUCCCGGCGUCGAUCCCAAAACCGGUGUCCAAUCCAAAGACGUCGUCAUUUCGCCGGAAACCAACGUCUCCGCCCGCGUCUUCCUCCCGAAAAACACCGAUCCCAACCAGAAAUUCCCUCUCCUCAUCUACAUCCACGGCGGCGCGUUUGUAAUUGAAUCUGCCUUCUCUUCCCAGUACCAUAAUUAUCUCAAUUCUCUAGUCGCCGAAGCCAACGUUAUAGCGGUUUCAGUCGAUUACAGGCUAGCCCCAGAGCAUCUUCUUCCUGCUUGCUACGAUGAUGCAUGGGCAGUGAUUCAGUGGGUUGCUUUCCAUGCCAACGGUGGAGGACCUGAGCCAUGGCUGAAUGACCAUGCUGAUUUUGGGAAGGUUUUUCUCGCCGGCGACAGUGCCGGAUCCACUAUUGCACACUACACGGUGGUUCGAGCCGGUGUUGAUGGACUCGGGUCUGGAUUGAAGCUUGUUGGGUUGGUUUUGGUUCAUCCUUUCUUUAAGAACGAUGAACCCGAUAAACUGUUGCACUAUAUUUGCCCAGACAGCAGUGGGUUUGAUGACCCGAGGUUCAACCCGGCUGCGAAUCUGGGUCUUCUGUCAAAGCUUGUUUGCACAAAGGUUCUGGUUGUUACUGCGGAGAGAGACUUUCUAAGGCAGAGAGGAUUGACAUAUUAUGAGGCACUGAAGAACAGUGAAUUGGGUGGUUCGGUGGAGAUGGUGGUGACAAAUGGGGAAGAACAUGUUUUUCAUUUGAAGAACCCGAAUUGUGAGAAUGCUUUGACCCUGCUGAAACGGGUCGCUUCCUUCAUGAAUUAG